AGAUAAAUAGAGAGAUUCCCAAAUUCUUUUUUUUUUUUUUAACAAGGAAGAAAGCUUAGACCAAAAAAGUGUAGAAAACAACAAACAAACCGCAAUAGUUUGGUAUUUUUUUCGGAAAAAUCUAAGAUAAAUACUAUAAUUUAGCAAACACCCUUCAAUUUGUUCCGCUAUAAAUCCGCAGAAAUUUUUGGGUUUUUUUCUUUCUCUUUCCAUUUGCUGAAUUUCUUCAUUUUCCCAGGAAUUGUGUUACUUUUUUUAUCUGGGUUUUUACAAUGGGAGAUUGUUUGGUGGUGCAUACGGAUCGUAUUGUGAAGGCUAAUGGAGCUGAGAUUAUGGAUGGGAAGAAUCCUGAAAUGGUAGGGUCUUCGUCGGCAAUAGCUGUAGAUGAGAAGAAGGUGCUGGAGGAGGAGGAGGAGGAGGAGGGUGAUGAGGAGGUGCCGUUAAUUGGUAGAGCAGAGUGCAGGAUUUGCCAGGAGGAGGAUUCUUUGGACAAGUUGGAGAGCCCAUGUGCUUGCAGUGGAAGUCUCAAGUACACACACCGAGCAUGCGUUCAACACUGGUGCAAUGAGAAGGGGGAUAUUACUUGUGAGAUUUGCCAUCAGCAAUACCAGCCUGGUUACACUGUUCCUCCUCGACCUGUGGCUGAGGAGACAAUUAUUGAUAUUGGGGGAGGAUGGCAAAUCUCUGGUACCCCUUUGAAUUUACAUGAUCCUCGCGUCUUGGCAAUUGCAGAGGCUGAACGCCAACUUCUGGAAGCUGAAUAUGAUGAUUACAAUUCUGCAAAUGCAAGUGGUGCAGCUUUCUUUCGAUCGGCUGCUUUAAUUUUGAUGGCUCUUCUACUAUUGCGCCAUGCAUUACCAAUGACAGAUACAGAUGGAGAUGAUGAAGAUCCAACUGCUUUCUUUUCGCUUUUCUUACUCCGGGCAGUUGGCUUUCUUUUACCCUGCUACAUCAUGCUCUGGGCCAUCAGCAUCUUGCAGCAGCGCAGACAAAGAGAGGAAGCUGCAGCAUUGGCAGCAACACAAUUUGCAGUUGUGUUACACUCUGGACAGCCGAGAAGUGUACAGUUUACCAUAGCUUCAGCUGCACCAGCAACACCAGCAGCGCCUGCUUCAGUGGAUAAUGUUUAAACAACAAGAUGAUCGUGCUUGAUCUCUUAUUUUGAAGCUAAAUACUGCCUUAUGCUAGAUUUGUUUGUCUGUUAUCAUAUUUCAUAUAUUAUUAUAUGGGGAAGUUCGAAAAUGAAUUGUUGUAUUACCAUUUUGCCCCCCUUUACUGUUUUAAAAAUUUGAUUAAAUAUAAAUAUUUUUAAUUAUAUAAUGGUAGAAUUUGAAGUUCUUUUAA